AUGCCACUUGGAAACCGUAUCUUCAAGAGCAUGUUGCCAUUUCUGCUCACCUCAAUCUACGAGUUGUGGGACUCCCCCUCGCUGCAGAACAAGUACGUCAUGUCGCCGGAGAACGUCUGGAAUGCGUAUCCAGCACCUAGUGUUGUCGUCUCACUCGACGGUACCGGCAACUUCACGUCCGUGCAAGACGCAGUGGACUAUGUGUCCUCGACGAGUACAACAACGCACGCGGUUAUUGACAUACUACCAGGAACAUAUAGCAAACGACACAGGGAGAAGGUCCUGAUUCCGAAGUCCAAAGUAAGCAUAAUGCUUCGUGGGUCCAACCCGUUGAAUACGAUCAUCACCUACGAUGACUACGCUGCAAAAGAGCUGGCCAACGGAUACGUCUUGGGAACUCUGUGGUCCUGCUCUGUCUGCGUUGAAGCCAACAACUUCGUUGCUUUCAACAUCACCUUUCAGAACUCAGCGCCUCCACCGCCGCCGCUUAGUAUUGUGACAGCCAAUGGUCCAAUGGCGGUGGCCCUCCGCAUUUCCGGGACGAUGGCUGCAUUCUACAGCUGCCGUUUCAUUGGAUGGCAGGACACUCUCUAUGAUCACAAGGGCCUUCACUACUUUCGAGAUUGCUACAUUGAAGGAAAUGUAGAUUUCGUAUUCGGCGAUGCAACAUCCGUGUAUGAGGUAACUUCUCUGUUGAUUAAAUGUCCAGUGCUUCAUUCUGGAUGUCUAACGAUGCCAUCACCUGCAGGGAUGGAAUGGUCAGAAAAAGGCUGGUACGACUGGGGUGAUGCAUCCAGACACAACACCACCUUCUUUGCCAUGGCGCAGCCGUUUCUCUCGUACAGCUUCAUCGAUGCUUGUCAGUGGCUUGGUCCGCUGCCUCAAGGAGCUGGGAACCUGACCUACCAGCUGGGCUACAGGGUGUGGUUUGAUCAAGUUCCACCAGCCCCAACAUUCCCUUACACUUGCAAUUCCGAGACUCCACCAACUCCUCCAGAGCCUGUGGUUCAGCCUCCCUCGACAGCACCAAAUGGUUCACCUGUUCCACCAUCACCACCUCCACCUGUAACUGUCUCUGGAAGUGUUCUUUUGCCUCCAUCUCUCGCGACCCUGCUUCGUGGUUAUCCCCCGCCACCUCUGCAGCCACAGCAACGAGCUUCUUCAAGUUUGGCUUCUCCAGCUCCUGCUGGAUGA